AUGCUGCGUGUUAAGGACGAUGAACUUACAGUGUUUAGGGAUACCCCAGAACCGCCCAGCCUUGCCGAAUCUCUCUCUGACGACGACCUUCCUCUGGAUCCAGAACUGUUGCAAGAACUGUGUGCUGGAGGAGCUUUCGAUGACCACAACUUGCCAUGGCUCAGUGACACAGACGACGCGCCAUUUCUCGACUCUGUGCUGAGGAAGAGAGCCGUCAAAGUAAAGCACGUUAAGAGACGCGAGAAGAAGUCAGACAAAAAGAAGGAUGACAAGUACAAGAGACACAAGCAGAAGCAAAGGCACAAGGAUAAGGCCAAGCAUUCAGAGCGCUUGGAAAACAGAGAUUACUCAUCACUACGCCAGUGUUUGGGGCCAAGCUGUGUCCAGCCAGCGCGAGCCAACUCUAAGUACUGCUCUGAUGACUGCGGCAUGAAGCUGGCAGCCAAUCGGAUCUAUGAGAUCCUUCCACAGCGCAUCCAGCAGUGGCAACAGAACCCAUGCGUUGCUGAGGAACAAGGAAAGAAGUUGCUGGAACGGAUCCGCAGAGAGCAGCAGCAAGCUCGAACAAAGCUUCAGGAAAUGGAGCGUCGCUUUCACGAGCUGGAAGCCUUAAUCAGCAAAGCCAAACAGCAGCAGAUCCGAGAGGAUGAAGAGACCAAUGACGGGGACAGUGAUGACACAGAUCUUCAGAUUUUCUGUGUGUCAUGUGGCCAUCCAAUUAAUCCCAAAGUUGCUCUGAGGCACAUGGAGCGCUGUUAUGCCAAGUAUGAAAGCCAGACAUCCUUUGGAUCAAUGUACCCUACCAGAAUUGAAGGAGCUACCCGUCUCUUUUGUGACGUGUACAACCCACAGAGUAAAACCUAUUGCAAGCGUCUGCAAGUUUUAUGUCCGGAACAUUCACGAGACCCCAAGGUGCCAGCAGAUGAAGUGUGUGGCUGUCCCAUCACAAAGGACGUCUUUGAGUUGACAGGUGAAUUCUGCAGAGUCCCAAAGAGGAAAUGUAACAGGCACUACUGCUGGGAGAAACUGCGCCGCGCUGAGGUGGAUUUAGAACGCGUCCGUGUGUGGUACAAACUGGAUGAACUCUUUGAGCAAGAGCGCAACGUCCGAAUGGCCAUGACCAACCGAGCCGGACUCUUGGCUCUGAUGUUACACCAAACGAUUCAGCACGACCCUGUGACCACAGACCUACGCACUCACACUGAACGCUGA